CUAAACCAAAAAAAAACCCAUAAAUUUUAAAAUUUCCACCAAAACAGAGAGAAAACCCAACAGCUACAAAAAUGCUGAGCGAAUCACUGAAGAACAAGUACCAGCCCUGCGAAGAGAUCGGCCGAGGCCGUUUCGGCGUCAUCUCUAAAGCCUUCUGUCCCAUCACCCAGUCCUUCUUCGCCAUCAAAACCAUCGACAAACGCCUCCUCUCCGACCCCACCGACCGUCAAUGCCUGGAAAACGAGCCCAAGAUCAUGACCCUUUUGUCUCCCCAUCCCAACAUCGUCCAAAUCCAUGAUAUGUUUGAAUCGGAAAACGCCCUCCACCUCAUCCUCGACCUCUGUCAGCCGGUCACCCUCUACGACCAGAUCAUCCAGCACGACCUGUCGGAGCCCAAGGUUGCUUCUUACGCCAAACAGCUCGUGUCGGGUCUGGCUCAUUGUCACCGGUACGGCGUCGUUCACAGGGAUAUCAAACCCGAUAAUAUCUUUUUCGACUUCAGGGGCAAUUUGAAGAUCGGUGAUUUCGGUUCCGCCACUUGGUUGGGCGAACUCUGCACCGCCGAUGGGUUGGUGGGUACGCCGUAUUACGUCGCGCCGGAGGUUGUCAUGGGUAGGAGUUAUAACGAGAAGGUCGAUGUUUGGAGCGCCGGCGUCGUUUUGUAUGUCAUGUUGGCCGGAGUUCCUCCGUUUUACGGAGAAACGGCCGAGGAGAUUUUCGAGGCUAUUUUGAGAGGGAAUUUGAGGCUUCCUUCCAGGAUUUUCAGGUCCAUCUCUUCCGAAGCAAAGGAUUUGUUGAGGAAGAUGAUUUGCAGAGAUGUUUCCAGGAGAUUAUCUGCAGAACAAGUCCUGAGGCACCCAUGGAUCUUGAAUGGAGGUGAAACUAUUUCAAUGGACUGAAAAGAGCUGGGAAUUAUCAUCAAAUCAAAAGAUACCAUAAAUAAAAAAGAGCUUAUCAAUGUAAAUAUAAGCCUAUCAAAAGGGUCCCCCAAGCUUUUCUUCUUUACCAAGCAAAAGUCACAGUCCAGUUUUGCAAUGGAGUUUUCUUCACAUAUAGGGGACCAUCAACCACCAUGAACCUACCAGUCUUCCACUAAUAUCUAAUUUUGAUCUCUUUCUUCCAGUUUUGUUGUUUGGUUAAGCAAUAUAGAGCGUACAUAGAUAAAAAAAUAUAAUAGGACACUUGUGUUUUUG